AUGGGCUAUGUCUCAGCCUUCAACAAGGCCUUGCACAUAGACACCACAGGAAACACCAGUCUGAAGGCGGGGGCCGACUUCUGGAUCAUUAUUUCAAACAAGGAUUUGCAUUGUCAGGCCCUCCUCCUGCCCAUCCCAGCAGUGGUGCAGACAUCCCACAUGGCUUUUAGUUCUGUGGCCCAGGUCUACCACUGCUUCUGUGACCACUUGGCUGUGGUCCAGGCUUCCUGCUCUGACACCAUGGGCCAGACCCUCAUGGGCUUCUGCAUCGCCAUGGGGGUGUCCUUCCUGCCCCUUCUGCUGGUGUUUCUCUCCUAUGCCCAUAUUCUGGCCUCCAUUCUUCACAUCAGCUCCCGAGGAGGACGUUCAAAAGCCUUCUCCACCUGCAGCUCCCACCUCCUGGUGGUUGGCACAUACUACUCCUCUAUUGCCAUAGCCUAUGUGGCCUAUAGAGCUAACCUGCCCCUGGACUUCCACAUUAUGGGCAAUGUGGUGUUUGCUAUUCUCACACCUGUCCUCAACCCUCUCAUCUACACACUGAGGAAUAAGGAUGUCAAAGCAGCCAUUACCAAAAUGGCAUGUCUCAAGGGCCUAAAGAAUGCUGGGAAACCCUGA